CACGUCCCUAGACUCAACAUUCCUGAACAUGGCUCAAAACGGGCACCAAGAUUCAUUGAGGAAAUGGAAGAUGGAACCAUUGUCACUGGUAGCAUAGCAACCAUGUCUGUUGUCAUAGAUGCUAAUCCAGCUGCCGAAGUCACCUGGUACAAAGAUGACAAGAAAAUCAGAAACACUGACCACUACGAGACCUACAUAGAGGAUGGUGCUCACAACCUCGAGAUCUUCGACACACUCAUCUCAGACACUGGCUUGUACCGAUGUGUAGCCCGCAACGAAAUGGGCUCCGCGGAGUGCCAGUGUAAACUUGACGUGAAAGUGAGAGGUGACGCAGGCGGGGAUUCCUUCAGCACGCCUUCCAAUGAUGAAGUAGAAUCUGGAGUGAAGGAUGCUGGUCCAAGGAAAUUCCCACCUCGAUUUGUUGUUGAACUUGAGCCAGAGAUAAUGGUUGCCAUUGGUGACGAUGUUAAACUUGUUUGUAUAAUUGACGAUGCCCUUGACAGGGUACACUGGGAAAAAGAUGGCAAGAAGAUGCCUGGGGAUUCUAGAACUAAGAUCGUACAGGAAUCUGACGGAACUCAACAACUCGAGUUAUCUAAAGCUGUACCAUCGGAUGACGGCAUUUACACUUGUGUUGCCAAGACAACAUCAGGCGAAACUGUGAAAACAGAAACCAAACUUCAUGUGACAGAGAAGAAAAUUCAGUCAACAGCUAUUUGUGAGGAGACAAAACCAAAGUUUACGAGCCAGUUGAGGGACAUUUACUGUAAAGACGGAGAGGAAGUGACCCUGGAGUGUGAGGUUACUGGACUGCCACGCCCACAAAUGACCUGGCACAAAGACAAACGUGAAAUCCUUGACAGUCAGGAUUUUCAGAUCAGUACCAUAGGAAACAAGUGUCGACUGACAAUCGCCGAAGUUUUCCCCGAAGACGAGGGCCGAUACAUCUGUAAGGCCGUUAACUCACUAGGGGAGGCAACUGCGUCAUGCCAACUCCUUGUGGAAGACACUCUAUCCUAUGACUCUGCUUCCAUGUCAUCAUCAACUUAUAGUCGUGGUGGAAGUCUGGCUCGCAGUGUAACUGAUGACCAGAGUAAUACUGACCUUCAAGUCGAUCCAGUUUCCAAGAAACUAGUAAAGGACAAGAAAUCCGGAAAAGAAAAGGAAAAGGUCCCAGAGUUCAUUGUAAAACCCAGACGUCAGUUUGUCAACGAGGGGCAGACGGCAAAAUUCAAGGCAUCAUAUGAUGACACGCCACAAACCAAACUCACUUGGAGCCGAACAGAUGGCGACACCCUCUCAUCAGGUGGUAAAUACAAGAUUUAUGAAGAGAAUGACUUUCAUUGGCUGGAAGUACGUGAUGUCACAAGUGAGGAUUCUGGGAGUUAUACUUGUGUGAUAAUGAAUUCUGCCGGGAGUAACAAAGCUGAUGUUGAUCUAGAUGUUUAUGUAAAACCCAAAACCUCAUCUAAGAAGAGUGGUUUCGUGGCGCCCAAAGUGGACAUUCCCCUCAACGACCUCGUCGUUUCUCCUGGAGACAAAAACGUUACUCUGGAAUGCAAAUUCUCAAAUGCAAUAGAUGCUUCAGCAUCUUGGUACAGAGAUGGCCGCCUCUUGACAUCGGGUUUCCUGACAAAGCAAUCAUUUGAUGGCCGCCUGGCUCGUCUGGUGUUAACACGGGUCGGCUCCAAAGACAGCGGAAAAUAUCAGUGUAUUGUGACCAACACAGGCGGAGAAGCAAAAACAACUGCCUCUCUGACAGUAUCCACUGCAGGAACUCGUGCCAUUCCACCGAAAUUUGUGAACCCUCUGACCAACCAGUCAUUGAGUGUUGGGGAUAAACUGGUCCUGGAAGCUAAAAUUACAGGUUAUCCCCGCCCCACAGUGCACUGGUAUAGAGAGAAAGAGGAACUCACUUCCACUGAGGUGAUCACGAUGGAAUUUGACGGAUCAACUGUUAGACUUGUCAUGCCACAUGUCAAGGAUACUGACAGCGCCACCUACAAAUGUGUAGCUGAGAAUGAGGCUGGCAAAGAUCAGAUCAAGGCUAAAAUCACCAUAACAUCAACAACUAAAGAUCAAUCAACGGACGAUUUCCGGGAACCUCCCACAUUUGUUCGGGAGUUACAUGACAUGGAGGUUGACAAUGGAGACCGUGUGGAGCUUUCCGUGGAGGUCAAAGGAAUGUCACCUAUGGAUAUCACUUGGUUGCAUGACGAUACAAAAAUUUCCACAACUGACCUGUUUGCCAAAGUUGUAUCGCACGGUAACGUUCAUGAGCUACAUAUAACAAGGGUCAUCAGUACAGAUGCAGGACGAUACAUGUGUGAAGUUCAGAAUGAGGCAGGUCGUACAUUAACACACUGUCGUCUCUGUGUGGCAGAACGUAAAAUAGACAAUCAAAGCCAUGAGGUACAAGUUAUCAACAGCAGAAUUGUUCCCCGUGAACAUGUGAACAACAAAAACUUGAACAAUAGAAGUGAACAUAUUGAACAUUUAACAAACCCAACGGACGACAAAAAAUUCUCCAGCGUUGAGAGCAGUGUGUUCAAUGAUAAAAAGACUUUAAAACCCCCAGGAUUUACUUUACGACCAAGAACAGCAUUCGUUGGUGUCGGGAAUAGUGCAAUAUUCCUGUGUAGGACAUCUGGAGUACCGCCACCAAGUGUAGAGUGGAGCAGGCAAGGGGAGAUAAUUUCAAAUCAGGGCAGAUAUAAGAUAAAAAAUGGCGACGACUGUACAUUAGAAAUAAAAGGUGUAUCUGAGUCGGAUGUGGGAACCUAUACCUGUACCCUGACGAACCCGGGUGGUACAGUAUCCACGGACACCAGACUAGUACUGAGUACACAUGAUGUAGCUGGACAUACACCAACCCUGAGUCGGAAUCUUCACAGUCCUGUGCUGAAAAAAACAUUUCAUCUAGAAAGUGCCAAAUCUUCCUCUGUUAUUCAGAAGGAGACAAAACCAGACUUUGCCAAUGUAGAAUUACGAAAAACUGAAAAACAAGAAAGAAAAUCACAGGAAAUGGUAAAACAAGUGCCUCAUACAAAAACAGUUCCAGAUUAUUCGUUAAGACAAAACAAAAAUGCAGAAGAUACAUCAGUUUUAUUACAACAGCAAAGACAUUUAGAAAAAUCUCCAAUUUCAUCAGAACGGGAGAGAAAAUUGGUUACAACACCUGUGGCAAAACGGCAUGAAAAUUUCGAAGAAUUAACAAAUUUACCAGAACAGCACAGAAAUUUAGAAAAAUCACCAAUUUUAUCAAAACAUCGCAAAAAAAUGGAAGAACCACCACUUUCAUCAAGACAGUACGGACAAUCGGCAAGUUCCUCCGGAUCCGAUAGUUCUGACCUUGGUACUACAAGGGGGAAAAAAGCAGGUGCUUCCCCCAGCUGGCUGAACAAUAUAAACUCUACCCCGAAUGGGGGUCUACAUGCGAGAGGAUUAUCUCCGAAAGUGCCUCUUGACACAAGGGGUCACACUCCUAAGAAAACUGGAGUCGAUCAAAUUGACUUCAGAGAUGUGCUGAAGGCUCGGACAGGACACCAAGUGUCACAAACUGUUAAAGUGCCAAUCACUCAAAGUGUUUCUAAGCCUUCCCAACGUCCAGUCACAAACAGUAUUGCAAAUUUGAAAAGUCCAGCUAUGGCUAACGGUACUAAAAGUGCUACAAAGACAAUUCCAGAUUUAAAAGUGUCCAGAGGCAAGGUUUCUAAAUACAUAACAGCAUUGGAAAAACCAGAUGCAUCUCAUACUGUAAAGGAAAAUGUCGAGCCAGCAAAAGUGAAAUUAACACCUGGAAAGGUGAAAGAGUCAAUUUCAACGAAAUUUACAUCAGUAGUUUCAGAUAAACCAUUGCAAUCAAAAUUUCCAGAGGAACAAGGGAAAUCAAAGUUAUCACAUUCUAAAUGGAAUGAAGCAACAAAAACGAAUUUAACCUCCAAAAAAUUUGAGAGGCCAGUUUCCCAUGAACCAAUCAAAAACGAAAUAUCAAAUACCAUUAAAAAAGACAUUUCCUCCCCUGCCCAGAAAAAAAUCCCACCGCCAGUAGCUCCAAAAACAAAACGACAAGAGAGAAUCAGCAAAGCCCUUGAAGAGAUAGAUGAAAUAAGUAAUUCAAUCCUUAAAAUGCCAGGAGGCCCUCCAAUGAAAGAACUUCUUACGAUGGUGGAUGACGAGGAAAAUGUUUCUGUGACAACAGACGAUAGUUUUGCAGAUUCCGAAUCCUCGUACCUUAGCAACACCACACCAUCUUGGGUCAAAGAGCAUUUUGACAGCCCAAGUAUACGGAAUACCCCUUCAAGUGGUUUCUCAAGUCUAAGGAGCAAUAACUCUAGUGAAAAUCUCUUAGGAUCAUAUCCUUCGGAAAGUGAAGAAUCAACUUUUCAAUCUGAAAGUAACGAUAGUGGAAUUGUACGCGCUACUCCUGCUGUGCCCUACACACCAAUUACACUGAAAAACCCGAGCAAGAAAUCGGGAACCUCAACCAUCACUUCAAGUCAAACAUCUGACAAGUCAGAAUCUUCCCAAAAGUCAGACACUGAAAAUAUUAAGAUGACAAAAUUAGAAUUUGAAGGUCCCGUAUCAACAACCGUGGAAAAAACAACACCAACAGUCACGGUAAAUGGCAUUCGUUCAAGACGAUUGUCUACAGAAUCCGACAAAAGCAAACAAGCACCAUCUAGUCCCGAACAUAAAGAGAAAAGAUUAGUUAGAAGUCGUAGCAUCGACAAAGUCAACAACCAACUGCCAUCAUUUUUGACGACGCUGGAGGAUAUUUCCGUCCCAGAAGGACGAUGUGUGAUAUUUGAAUGUCAAGUUACGGGAAUUCCAAGACCUGAAGUAUUAUGGUUUAUGAAUAACAACAAAAUAAAGCCCUCCAAGUUCUUCCAAAUGACUUACGUAGAGGACUCAGCCAGACUAGUGAUAAAAGGAGCGUAUCCCGAAGACGAUGGAGAAUACUUGUGUGUGGCGUCUAACUGUGUCGGCACAGAACGCCAGUCCUGUACUCUCCGCGUCAAAGAAUGCCAUACCAUGUCAACAGAGGAGGAGGAAGACAACUUGUCAGAAACAAACCAGGCCCCGCACAUCCAUGAGAUCUCACCACCGAAUCUCACAGUCCUGCGUGGAAAGAAAGCACAGGUGCAGGUCUCGUUUACUGCUGAACCACGUCCAAACAUCACUUGGCUACAGAACAAAGUCAAGGUCGAAACAGGUGACCGUUACACUAUAAAUACUACCGAACAUUUCAGUCGUCUCGUCAUCUAUGAUGUGACUCUGGACGAUGCGGGGAUAUAUGAUAUUGAUGUGGAAAAUGACGUCGGAAGGGAUACAGGGUCGAUGGCUAUCACUGUAGAAGAUGUACCAGACCCUCCAGUGGGGAAGCCGUAUGCCUCGGAGAUCGCCCUCACCUACGUAAUUUUGUCCUGGUCUGGUCCUGCAUUUGAUGGAGGCAGCCUCAUCACAAAUUACAAAGUGGAAAUGUGUGAGGCAGAGUACGAAGAGUGGACAAUCCUUACUGAUAAAUGCCAUAGCACUUCAUACCACACUGCCAAUCUUUCACCACAUACGCCGUAUUUUUUCCGUGUGAGUGCAGAAAACAAGCAUGGCAUGAGUAAACCAAGCGAGACAUCUGACGUCGUGGUAACCAAGGAUCGUCGAGUCUUGGACCGUCUGUCUAUCGAGUCUGACGAAGUUUUUCUGUCGUCAACUUCGACAGCCUCUGUUUCACCGUUCACUCCCCUUUCUCCGCAAGAGGAGGAACCUGAAAUCCCAUUCAGUCCCCGAUUAGUGGCAGUCAAGAUGGACGUUAAAUUUGAAGAAAUGUAUGACCUUCAAAUCGAGGUUGGAAAAGGAAAAUUUGGAAAUGUCCACAUCUGUGUGGAAAAAGAAGAUACUGACGAGAAGAAAUGGGCUGCGAAGGUCAUUAAAUGUCGUGGAAAGGACAAAGUGGCCGUUCAGAGAGAGAUUGAGAUCAUGAACCAACUGAUUCACCCCAAAUUGUUAAUGUUACGCGACGCCUUUGAGACAGCAAGAAAAAUGAUUCUCGUAAUGGAAUACGUGGGCGGUGGAGAACUGUUUGAGCGAGUCAUUGAUGAGGAUUUUGAACUGACAGAGCGUGACUGUAUGCACUUUCUACGCCAGAUCUGUGAAGGAGUUGAUUAUAUGCAUAGCAAGUCCAUCAUCCACCUCGACCUGAAGCCGGAGAAUAUCUUGUGUAUAAGAAAAGAUAGCAAUUUAAUCAAAAUCAUAGACUUUGGUCUUGCUCAGUUCCACAAGCCCGGCGAAAGCCUACGUGCCAUUUCAGGCACACCUGAGUUCAUUGCGCCUGAAGUUGUCAAUUACGAUGAGAUUGGAUUCCAGACGGAUAUAUGGUCCAUUGGAGUCAUUUGCUAUGUCUUGCUGUCUGGCUUAUCUCCCUUUAUGGGGGAUAGUGAUGGUGAAACACUAUCGAAUGUAACUGCGGGUGAAUUUGAUUUUGAUGAUGAAGCCUUUGAGGACAUCUCAAUACAUGCCAGAGAUUUUAUCGAGAAAGCUCUCGACCAGAACAGAACAAAUCGACCCAGUGCGAAAGACUGUCUCAACCACAAAUGGCUGGUAAAAGAACAAAAUUGUGCCAAAAAACUUCGCCAAAGUCUGCGCAACCUGAAACAAUUCAUGGCGCGACGAAAGUGGCAGAAAAUGGGAACAGCUAUACGGGCGCUCGGUCGCAUGUCCUCUCUGCAGAAAAUGGUAAAGGGUGAUAGAACCACUAGUGAGAGUUCUGUCUUUAGCGACUCCGAUUCUGCUUCUCAGAGUGACCUUUCUUCUCAGCCUUCAAGGUCGAGGUCAUCCAGCAAGAUGGAGGACACAUCUGUAAUAGACCACCCGAUGGUUGCUGCCACAGUAGAGAGACCGACGAUCACCACUGCAACUUGUGAUACCACUGUAAACAAUGUGUUCAAACAACAACAACAACAACCCACUCCUGCAGAUAAUAAAGACACAUCACAAGAUACAGAUUACUGCAAUAACUGUAUCAAAGAUCAAGGUCAUGAGAACGACCUUCAAAGUGAAAGUAUAUCAUCCAUAACCAGGACAUUAUCAGCUCAAAGUAAUAACGACACGCCCGAGAACACCUCUUUGCAAUUUGUCCGUGAAAUGGUCGACUGUCACGCAGUCACUGGAGACAUUGUUAGGUUCGAUGUCACAGUGUCAAGUGACCAAGAUCAAAACAUUCAUUGGUUCCAAGAGGACAUUGAAAUAGUAGAGGACGAUCGCCACUCGUUUGUUUAUGACGACAAAGGAGGUUGUUCGUUAAUCAUCAGAAACGUGUCGGAUGAAGACGAUGGCGAAUUCAUUUGCAAAGCGUCAAAUUGCUUUGGAGAAAUCACGUGUUCCGCAGAUCUCAUCAUCUACGAAACUGGAUCAUUUUAAAACCUGACAUCUAUUAUACGUAGCGGUUUUCUACUUAGAACUGUCUAACUUUCUUUACAGUCCUGAAAUAAUCAAAACUUUUAUAAGGAAUUUUUGUUUUGUUUUAGAAAAUUGAAAAUUCAAAUUUUAUUAACAUGGUGCCUUGGAUCAAAUGAAAUUUUUUUCACAGAAAUGAAUUUGAAAUCCAAAUAAAAUUAACUACUUUACAAUGUAACGAUAUUUGCAGCACUUUCUGGUCUUUAGGCAGGUUUAAGUGUUGUAUGGUAAAUAUGUUUUGUAAUAUGUAGGUCCAAAGACAGGAAAUUGCUGGACAUGUAUUUUUAACUAUUGUAUAAAUUACCCACAAAGCCUUUGUAUAUAUAAGUUAUAUACCUUGGGUUCUCCGAUUCACCACAAAUCGCUUGCUGCCUGCAUAUUCAUCAGUGGUGUUUUGGCAAGAAUCCAAACUUUCGCAAUACAAAAUUUCGUACCCUCAAUUUAACCCUGAUAGGCAUUGUGGGUAAAAUUAUACAUAGCAUUAUUGUCUAUGAAUUCUGUACUUUUGUUCAGUUGUAGUUGUAUUAUAUUUGUAUAACAGUAAUAAUUUAACUCAGAACUCUUAAAGAUAUAUAUAUAUGUAGAUAAUUGGAGAAUUUAUUUAUUGUGUGAUACCAUGUUGAUGAUUAUGUUGCUAAGGUUACGGCAUCAUAUCUGUGAUGUCAGCAACAAGGUACAUUGAUAAAACCCGAUUCGCACCUGUGAUAGAUUGGACAAUACUUUUUGUUGCCAUGGUGACAGAGACAUGGUACGAAGACACGUUUUAUUUAUAGAUAUCCUGUUUUAUUUUUUACUUUGCUCAAUGUAUGGUCUGUCAUUGACCUCUAAAUGAUGUCUUUUCUUUUCAGUUUAAAUGAAAGUGCUGCAUAUAUCAAACAACAAUUCUUUUUCAAUAAAUUAAAAUAUCAAAAUAAAGAA